AUGGCGACGAAGGUGCCAGAAAUUCGUUCCGAGGACAUUCAAAGCGAAAUCGUCGUCAUGUCCAAGACGAGUACUCGACCGGCUUGCCCACCAAGAGGUCAAGGCACGACGAAAGAUCUUCCCGUGAAAGACUGCGAACUUGAAGCGAUGACGCCUACGGACCCUGAUCGUCUACCACAAUUACUGGUUAAAAUUGCUGAGGAGCACAACAUUAAUUUGACUGAUCCAGAUGCAUUGGAAAAAAUCAAGUUUCAUCUUAAAGCAACCGUCUUGAUAUCCGACGACAGUUCCGAUUUUAAAGACGUGAAAGUCGAGGCGGUGAACGAUGGUGAUUGUUCGGGUAACGAAAUGAAGGUGAUGGUAAACGAAACCCAGUCACUGAAAUCAGAGUCCAUGUAA